AUGUCCACCAAACCCAUCUUUGUGGCCACGCACCCGCGUGCUUGCUCGACCGCAUUCGAACGAGUGUUCAUGACCCAACGCGACACUAUUCAGUGUGUUCAUGAGCCGUUCGGCGAUGCCUUUUACUUCGGUCCCGAGCGUCUCUCCGAUCGAUUCGAAGAUGAUCAGCAGGCUCGCAUCGACAGCGGAUUCAGCGAGUCCACAUAUGCCACCAUCAUGGAGAGACUGGAAAAGGAGCAAUCCGAGCUGGGCGAGGCCUCUGUCAUGAGCUACGUCAUGUCAUGUCCAAUUUCACCCCGUCGCGGUGUCGGCACCGAGACCAAGGGCACUGGCCACGGCCACGAGCUGGCCGAGGGUGUGAAUGGUUCCACAAAUGGCACCACCCACACCAACGGCGACACUGCGGCGCCGACAAAUGGUGUUGUCAAUGGAGACUCAAAAUCUGUCGACAACACCAAUGGCCAUACCACCAAUGGCACUACCAACGGCACAUCGCACCGGCCCUAUCCCUACGACACACCUGUCGAGCCGGGCAACCCCACGGUCAUGCCGCGUGAGAUACAGGAACGCUUCCACUUUGCCUUCCUGAUCCGAGACCCGCACUUCAGCGUGCCCUCGUACUAUCGAUGCACCAUCCCGCCUCUAGACGAUGUCACGGGCUUCCACAACUACGAUCCCCAGGAGGCCGGAUACAGUGAACUCCGACGACACUUUGACUACCUCGUGCGCGAGGGCCUCGUCGGCCCCCGCGUGGCUACUCGGCCCGAUCUCACGGUUGAGCAUUGCGGAGCCAAGGAAACCGUUCACGAGAUCUGUCUGAUUGAUGCGGAUGAUAUGCUCGACGCUCCGGCGGCCACUAUCGAGGCAUUCUGCAACAGUGUUGGCAUCCCGUACGACCCGUCGCUGUUGACCUGGGAUACCCCGGAGGACUAUGAAUUUGCAUGCCAUUGCUUCGAAAAGUGGCGUGGAUUCCACAAUGACGCAAUCGAAUCUAAGGCUCUGGUUGCGAGAACUCAUAAAAAAGCUCCCAAGACCGAGGACGAGUUCGACGCCGAAUGGACUAAGAAAUACGGCCCCGAGGCCGCAGCACUCAUCCGCAAGGCCGUCGACGAGAACAUGGAAGACUAUUUGUACCUGAAGCAAUUUGCCGUCAAGGUCUGA